GUGGCUUUCUGUGGAAAGGACCUGGAGAGUGUGGGAGAGACAAAAUGAGAUGGAAGGAUUAGAAUUAGUUAAGAACUGACAAAGGGUGAUUGCUCGAUGCAGUAUCUGUUAUCUGUAAAAGGAAGAGUGAAACGGAGAGGACAACAAUAGAUCCCAAAACACUAUCCAGUGCUCUGAUUCUAGAAUAUCUGCAAGGUGCUUUCACUAUGACCCAUGAAUGGUUGAGGCAGCCGUGGCCUGAGGUGAAAGCUGAUCUUCGUGUUGUAAUUGCCCUGACUUGUGGCUCAGUUGCAGCCUUCUUGACAGUCAAAUGGGUGGGCCACAAAAGGAUCAAAAAACAAAUACAAGAAGCAAGAAGGAAGAGAGAUCUUGGCUUGGAACAAAUGGCAAAAGCUGUCCAGGAGUUUAAGCAGCAGAACCCCGGGAUACAAACUGCUCACAUCCUUUCUCUGCCUUUGGUAGAGCUGGUGGAAAAGCAGAAGGAUGGGUCCUUGUCUCUAGAAAGUGUCCUUUAUGCCUAUAUGGAGAAGUCAUUAACAGUAACCCAGGAAGUGAAUUGUGUGAGCCAUUUUAUUCCAGAAUGUGAGCAACAUCUUCGGGAACUGAAAAAGGAAAAGGAAAAGGGCUUGCUGUAUGGUGUACCUGUCAGUAUCAAAGACCAUAUUGGUUACAAGGGCCACUCAGCAACAUGUGGCUUCAGUCAGUCACUUAGUGUUCUGGAGGAAGAGGACAGUGUAUUAGUUAAGGUGUUAAAGAGGCAGGGCGCUAAUCCAUUCGUAAUCACCAAUGUUCCCCAAUCCUUAUUCACCUAUGACUGCAGUAACUCAUUUUUUGGCCAGACAGUGAACCCUUUUGAUCACAAGAGAAGCCCUGGUGGUUCAUCAGGAGGGGAAGGUGCAAUAAUUGCAGGAGGAGGCUCAAUCCUGGGAUUUGGCUCAGAUGUAGGUGGAAGUAUCCGCUUACCAUCCAGCUUCUGUGGCCUUUGCGGGCUAAAGCCAACAGCAGGCAGGCUGAGCUAUUCAGGAGUAAAGGCCCCUGUUGAUGGAAUACUCUCUGUUGCAUCAACACUGGGUCCAAUGGCAAGGGAUGUCGACAGCCUGGUACUGUGCAUGAAGGCUCUCUUAUGUGAUGAAAUGUUCCAGCUGGACCCCACUGUGCCACCUAUGCCUUUCAAUGAGAAGGUAUACUCCAGUUCCAUGCCCCUCAGGAUUGGAUAUUAUGACUCUGAUAACUAUUUCUUGCUCCCUCCCUGCAUGAGGAGGGCUGUGCAUGAAACUAGGAAGCUUCUCCAAGAAGCUGGUCAUACGCUGGUUCCCUUCACCCCGCUGUCAGUAGCCUAUGUCAUGGAUGAACUUUUUGUCAAAAGUCUUUUUGCUGAUGGAGGCUCAACUCUGUUAGCCAAGUUUGAAAAAGACAUAGUAGAUCCAGGCUUGAAAUGCCAGGUGAAAUUCCUUAGACUCCCAAAUGUGAUCAAGAAAGUUUUGGCCAUGAUCAUCAAGCCAUUUUUUCCACGAUUGGCCAGCCAUCUGAAUGCACUGUGUGGAGAAAGAUCUGUGAAGAAACUGUGGGAGCAGCAGGACAAAGUGAUGGCUUAUUGUAAGAAGUUUAUUGACCAGUGGAAGACGUGCAAGAUAGAUGUUAUCCUGUGUCCAGUUUUGGGUCCUGCCCUCACUCUUGGAUAUCCUGGAAAGCUGUUGGCUGCUGUCUCCUCUACCAUGUUGUACAAUGUCUUGAAUUUCCCUGCUGGAGUGGUGCCAGUCACCACAGUUACAGAGGCUGAUGAAGAAGAAUUGGGGCAGUACCGAGGGCACUAUGGUGAUCCCUGGGACAAGAAAUUAAAAGAGGCUGUGACAGGUGCUGUGGGGCUCCCUGUGGCGGUCCAAUGUGUGGCUUUGCCAUGGCAGGAGGAACUGUGUCUUCGGUUCAUGAAGGAGGUAGAGACACUGUCCCGUAAAAGGAGAGUGGAGAAGGUCAUAUGACCCCAACCAAGGAAGCCAUUUGCCUAGGAAGAAGGCAAACGCAUCUGUAAAAACAUGAAAUGCCAGACAAUCUUGGCUUUCAAGAAAACAUGCAUUUGAUUCCAUUAUUAUUGUGUGCCCUUAACCAUUCCUGUAAAAGGGAAGGUUUGGAAUUUUCCUGGAUUGCCAUCUUCUCUAGCUCACCAAAGAAGGAUGCUUCACCAUAGGCUAAUACAGGUGGCCCUUGUUAUCUGUGGCCCUGGCACCUGCGGUUUUGUGUAUCUUAGAGACCUGGGUUUUUUAUCCACAGUACAAAAAUAGGCUAAAACUCGCCUAACAUGGUUGCUGAGUGGCUGGAAAGGACACCAGAAAUGACUUCCGGUGUCACUUCCAGUUGUCAUUUUAUAGCAUGAAGCCAUUAAAAAAAAAAUAAUAAUAACACAACUCCACCAGACCAUGGGGGGGGGGCAGAUAUUCACCAAAAAUUUGGCUGAUUUGGAGUUUUCGUGAGGCAUUUCUGGAGCCCUGGAGAUCAAGCAACUAUGCAUUUCUACUCAUUUCUCCCCCUUCAGCCCCGCCGCCGCCACCAACCUGUUUUGGCUUUGUUUUUGUUAGGCACCCAACCCCUAGAUUCCCAUUGGGCAUAGGUUGUCAACUCAAAUGUCCUGGUGGGCCAGAACCAACCAUGACUUGUUAUGCAGGGGCUGAGGUCAAUUUUCAGCACUAAUUAUUACACUAAAAUUAAUUAUUAAAAAAUUAUUGAAAGUGAGGAGGCAGAGGGUUGGAGAGGGAAAGGUGAGAGGAAAGAGGGAUGAGAGAUGGUGUUAGUGGGCUCUGGCCCAGGGGCAGGACUAGCCAGGUGGGUGAGGAACAUUUGGUCUCAAGCAAACAAAUGCAUUGAGCAGCAGCUGCUUGUCAGUGGACAGGAGGCCAAGAGCUCUUCAUGCCUCCUGCAGUUGCUGUAAGACCUUCCUUCCUGUCAGCCAGCAAAAAAGCACCCCCCCAAGGGGCCUUAUAUUGUGCAGGCCUGCCAUAGGGGUAAGAUUUCUUUAUUCAUGGUUUCCGUACUCGCAGUAAUAGGCAAGAACAUGAGAUGGACAUUUGAACACACUACUCAGCAUUUCCAAAGAGAAAGGCCCUUAAUGUGUGUGAUCGUUGAAAUCUUAGAGCCACGGAACCCUUCAUGAGGGAAAAAGGAGGGCAUGCACAACACUCUGCUGCUAAAAUAAACGGGACACAUUGUGCUUAACUAUGGUAAAUCUGUGCACCAACUCCAUUUAUUAUUACUACUGUUUUUUCAGGAAUCAUUCAGUAGGGUUUUUUUUCCUUUCAAAAACAAAGAUGAAAAUCAUGUUUGACCCAAGGUGGGAACCACCUUGCAUAGUUAUUAUCAUAUUAAUGGUUAAUAACAUUUUAUCACUCCAGUUUUUCAAAGUAACCAUUAUAACAUUACCAUGCUAUAUGCAAUAAAAAAUGCACAACAAUGUGUUUCUAGCACAGUAUUGCUUCCUAUUGUAAUCAUAUUUGCUGUAAUUUUAAUGAAA